AUGAAUUUAGUUGAUUAUGAAAUAUCAAGUGACGAAGAAAAUGAAGAAGAUGAAAAAGAUGUAAAAGAAAAAAUAUACGAAAGAUCCGAUGAAAAUAUUGAAAAAUUUCCAGAAUUAUCAAAUGAUCUUGUAAAUAAUAAAAAUGACAAGAAAAUAAAUGAGGAGGAACGUGAAAAGAAUCAUAUUACAUAUAAUGAUAAGUCUUUUUUAAUUAAAGAGGGAGAAAAACAAAAAAAGAAUUUGAUAAUAGAUAAUUGUGAAGAAAAGGUUAUAAAUAAUGAAAAUAAUUUUGCUAUACGAAAAGAUAUAUAUGAUAAUAAGAAUGAUAAAGAAAAGUAUAAUAUAAUAAAUGAGAAAAAAGAAGAUAAUAAUAAUGUUAAUAUUUUUAAUAAGGAUGAUUUUUUAUAUAUGAAUAUAGAUGAAAAUAAUUUUGAUGAAAUAUUUAAUAUAUCUGAAAAUGAAUACUCAGAUAUAUUAAAUAAAAAAAUUGAUGAAUUAUCAAAAUUGUAUGAACUAAAUUUAACUAUAAAUAAAAAUAUUAUUAAUUCGAAUGAAUAUAAAAAUCCAUGUAUUCUAGAAAAAAUCAUGGAAAUAUUUCAAAUUGAUAUGUAUUCGUCUAAUUAUCCAUUACAUAUUUAUAAUCCGAAAAUUUUUUCGUCACUUGAUUUAUUUAAUGAAAGAAGUCAAGAAAAUAUUCAAAAUAAGGGUAAUACAAAAUGGUCAAAUGUAUAA